UUUCCUAUAAGGAGGAGCUAUCCAGAGACCUCCUGGAAGGAUGAACUCCUAUAAGUGAGACCAUAGAAUCAUGGAAUGGUUUGGGUUGGAAGGGACCUCAAAGCCCAUCCAGUCCCACCCUCUGCCAUGGGCAGGGACACCUCCCACUGGAUCAGGGGCUCCAAGCCCCAUCCAACCUGGCCUGGAACCCCUCCAGGGAUGGGGCAGCCACCACUGCUCUGGGAAACUUGUUCCAGGGUCCUCCCCACCCUCAUCAUGAAGAAUUUCUCCCUAAUGUCUUAUCUAAACCUUCCCCCUUCCAUUUUAAAGCCAUUGCCCCUCAUCCUGUCACUACAGGCCCUUAUAAAAAGCCUCUCCCCAGCUUUCCUGCAGCCCCUUUCAGCACUGGCAGCUUCUCUAAGGUCUCCAGGGAGCCUUCUCUUCCCCAGGCUGAACAACCCCAACCCUCUUGGCCUGUCCUCAUAGGGAAGGUGCUCCAGCCCUCAUAUCACCUUAGUAGCCUCAUCUGGACCCGUUCCAACAGCUCCAUAUCCUUCUUGUGUUGAGGAUUCCAGAACUGGACACAAUACUCCAGAUGAGGUCUCCCAAGAGAGGAACAGAGGGGCAGAAUCCCCUCCCUCGCCCUGCCGGCCACGCUGCUUUGGAUGCAGCCCAGGACACGGUUGGUUUCUGGGCUAUGAGUGUACAUUACUGGCUCAUGUUGAGCUUCUCAUCAACCAUCACCCCAAGUCCUUCUCCUCAGGGCUGCUUUCAAUCACAUCAUUCCACAUCCUGUAUUGAAACCAUGAAUUGUCCCGAUGCAGCUUCAGGAUCUUACCUUGGCCUUAUUGAACCUCAUGAGGUUCACACAGCCCCACUUCUCCAGCUUGUCCAGGUCCCUCUGGAUGACAUCCUGCCGUUCUGGCAUGACAAGUGCACCACUCAGCCUGGUGUCAUCUGCAAACUUGCUGAGGGUGCCCUCGAUCUCGCUGUUGAUAUCAUCAAUGACAAAAUUAAACAGCGCUUGUCCCAAUAGGGACACCACUUGUCAUGGAUCUCCAUCUGAACAUUGAGCCAUUGGCCACUACUCUCUGAUGUGACCAUCCAACCAAUUCCUCAUCCACCCAUCAAAUCCCUGUCUCUCCAAUUCAGAGAGCAGGAUGUUGUGGGGGACCGUGUCAAAGGCUUUACAGACAUCCAGAUGGGUGACACCCACAGCUCUUCCCAUGUCCACUGCUGUGAUCACUCCAUCAUAGAAAGACACUAGGUUGGUCAGACAGAAUUCGCCCCUGGUGAAGCCGUGCUGGCUGUCUCCGAUCACCUCUCUGUCCUCUGUGUGCUUUAGCAUAACUUCCAGGAGGAUCUGUUCCAUGAUAUUCCCAGGCAUGGGGGUGAGGCUGACGGGUCAGCAGUUCUCAGGGUCCUUUCUACCCUUUUCAAAAAUGGGCACAACGUUCCCCUUCUUCCAGUCACCAGGGACUUCCCUGGAGUGCCAUGAUUUUACAAGUAUUGUGGAGAGUGGCUUGGGAACCGCAUCAGCCAGUUCCCUCUGGACUCUGGGGUGCAUCUCAUCAGGUCCCAUAGACUUAGAUAUGUUCAGGUUCCUCAGAUAGUCACAAAGCUGAUCUUCCUCUGCAGUGGGGGGCACUUUAUUCCCCUCGUCUCCAUCUCCUCGUCCGUUGAUCCAUGAGGCGUGAAGAGAGUGGUUGCCAGCGAAGACUGAGGCAAAAAUGUUGUUGAGUACCUCUGCCUUCUCCUCAUUUCUUGUUAUGAGGUCACGUGUUUCAUCCAUCAGUGGGGUUAUACUUUCUUUAAGCUUCCUUUUUUGGCUGACAGACCUAUAGAAGCCCCUCUUGUUAUUCUUCCCUUCCCUUAACAAGUUCGGCUCCAGCUGCACCUUGGAUUUCCUGACCCCAUUGCUACACAACUGGGCAGAGUCCCUAUCCUCUUCCCAGGACACCUCUCCAUGCUUGCAAUUCCCUCUUGCUCUUCAGGUUGAACAGCAGGUCUUAACUCAGCCACACUGGUCUCUUCCCUUCCCUGCUCCACUUCCUACAUCUGGGAACUGAGCGUUCUUGUGCUUGGUGGAAAACAUCCUUCCCAGCUCUGUUCUGCUCCCUUGUCCCUCAGGACCGUUUCCCAGGGGGUUCUACUGGCCAACUCCUUGAUAUGAUUUAGUAGUGGACAAGUACGGUUGGUCCCUAUGAUCUCAAAGGUCUUUUCCAACCAAAUGUUUCUAUGCUGUGCCCUGCUGGAGGCAGCAUAAUUCAUCUGAAAUUACGAUUGCAGGAGCCAGAAGUUUUCAGGGCAUCGCCCCACCUGGCUCUAAUACUUCCUAACAACUCCACAUCUCAUCCUUGCUUAAACUUAAGAGGCUGCCAGUUUCUUCCAGCUGGAUAAAGUGACCUCAUGUGAUAGAAAAUGUAAAUCUAUAGUGGUACAAACAAGAACGGACAGCAGAGGAGUCAAUAUUCAGGUUAACAAAGCCUGAAAAUCAUGCUUCAGGAUUUUGGCUUCAAUGCCAGCUGAGGCAACGUGUUUUUGAAGCCACCCACUGCACGGAGGAGGCUUUGGCAAGAACCCACCUGGAAGCAGCCCCGUGCGACCCAGCCCGCCGUGAGGUUGUUGUGCACUGAACAGCAGAGCAGCUACGAAGCAUGAAGCAAUGUCAAAGCAUCUCCAAAACCUCAGAGGGGUUUUACAGGUCUGGCUGCCCCCCGGCAAUGACAGCUGCCUGCUGGUGAGCUGACGUGAGCGUCGCAUUGGCUCCCGGAGCUGCCCCAAAUUAACAAAUCUGCCACCGUACAGUUAAAUAAGCAAUUCAUGAUCAGCUGCCAAAGCAGAAAGAGCUCUGUUUGCCUGUGCUGUGCCCAUGACAAGUUUGUAUUCAUUAUUUAAAAGUGUAAGGAAGUCAUAAGGCAAAACCCGUGUGGUUGGGCAGGUGGUGACAAGCCUCCUGCUCCUAGAUGAGAGUGUUGCCUUGCAUUUUCCUGGUCUGGAAGACACACGCAAAUUAUUUCAGCCUUCAGAGCACAAGGUGAACACAUCACAGGCACUGCCAGGGCAAAAAUAUAGUAGAGAACCAUAGGACUCUUUUCCAUUAAUAUCCCAGAGCCAGUUCGAGUUGGGAUUUGUCUGCUUCUGCCAUGCCCCAGGCUCCAAGGAGGAAGAGCUGGGAUGCAGCCUGCUGCUGCCUUCCCACCUUCCAGCUCUUCUGCUGCUGCCACAUCAAGAGGAAAAUGCCAUUGCUCCGAAGGAAAGCGGUGUUUGGCCAGCGCUUGGCAGAGACCAUGGCCUAUGAGCAGAAAUUCGGGCAGCACCAGGUCCCCAUCCUGGUGCAGAAGUGUGCUGAGUUCAUCCAGGAGCACGGCAUGAGCGAGGAAGGCAUCUUCCGCCUCCCCGGCCAGGACAACCUGGUGAAACAGCUCAGGGAUGGUUUUGAUGCUGGGGAAAGGCCAUCAUUUGAUCGGGAUACGGAUGUGCACACCGUGGCCUCUCUGCUCAAGCUGUACCUGCGGGAGCUCCCCGAGCCGGUUGUACCCUGGAUGCAGUACGAGGAUUUCUUGCUGUGCGGUCAGGUGCUGGAUGCGGAUGAGAAAAAGGGCCAUGAGGAGCUCCUGAAUCAACUGUCCCUCCUUCCAAGAGACAACUACAACCUCCUCAGCUAUAUCUGCAGGUUUUUACACAAAAUACAGUUGAACUCAAGCAUCAACAAGAUGAGUGUGGAUAACCUGGCAACAGUGAUUGGAGUGAAUCUCAUCAGACCCAAGAUAGAGGAUCCUGCGGUCAUUAUGAGAGGCACACCGCAGAUCCAGAAGGUGAUGACUGUGAUGAUAAGUGACCAUGCAGACCUCUUUCCCCCGUCCAAAGAUGUGCUCCCCUCCUCACCUGCCCACAAGAAUGACAAGAAAGCCCACAUCCCACGCAGCUCCGUGGGCUGGGAUGCUGCAGAGGACCCUGCGGCCCCCAGGGCAGAGAACUUGAUCCAAAGGCAAAAGGGAUCUAUUUUACAGAGAGACAACCUGAGUUCCAGCAGCGCUCCCGGACCUGCUGUGAGCUCAAGUGCAGCCGGGGAAGAUAACGGGUCCAAAGAUACACUGGGAACGUGGAAAAUGCAGUCAAGGAAAAGAACUCAGACUUUGCCGAACAGGAAAUCUUUCCUGACAGUGAUGUCUCCGGGGGAGCAAGGCAGCAAGGACAAAAGUGACAUAUUUGCCAGUGAUUUUUGGAAGAGCUCCCCUGGGAGCAGCACGCGCUCCACGGGCCCUGAUGGACAUAAGAGAACGUUGUCUCAUGAUCUUUUUAAGCUGCUUGACCUUCACCGGGCUUCAACCUAUGAUAACAUUCCCACCUCUCAGGAAGAAAGUGGGGAAGGAGGAGGGUCCAGCCCGAGCCCUUCCAGCAGCGGCUCUGAGAAGGAAUUUCUGCCCUGCCCCAGCCCCAGCCAUGAGCCAAAGGGAAGAAGCAGUCCCACCAGCAGCCCCACCGAGGUCCCAAAGCCUGACCAGGAGAGCAGGGAGUUCCUGCAAAACAUGAUCCUGAAGCUGGAAAAAGAAAUGGAGGUACAGAAAAAUGAUUACGAGGAACAAAUUAAAAGUCUCCAGAAAGAAAAUUAUGAAGUCUGGGCCAAAGUGGUGAGGCUGAAUCAGGACAUUGAACAGGAGAAGAAGAAGGCUGAGGAACUGGAGCUGAAGUUGAUGAACGUGGAGCGCUCACGGGACAAUAUGGAGAAGAAAAACAAGAUGCUUGAGGAAGAGAUAAAAAGCUUAGCUAAAUCCAAAAGCAAAACUGAUGCCAAAACCAACUAGAAGACACCCAGCUGUGCACGGAUGUAAAAUACAGCUGCAUGAAUCCACAGCAAUUGCCAAGCAGGAUCAGAGCUGGUGUUCUGCUACUGUUUGUGGGCUGGUUCAGAGGAAGGAGCCCAGAAGUCAGAGGCUGGUUUGUGCUCUGAAACAGGACAUUUUGAAAAUAUUAUUUGGCUUUUUUUUUGGUGUUUACUUCAACUCCUCUUUCAGCUGCUCAAGUGCCCUGUAGAACAGGCCAGGACUUCUUGCUGCUCAAUUGAAUAUCUUGCACUCAGGAGUUCAGUUAAGGACAUGUUAUGCCUUUACAAAAAUAAACCAGCAAGCAUCCAUCCUGCCAGCCAGGUGGCUCCGCGCUGGACAUCCCGACAGCACUUCUGAGUGGAACAAAAAUGCCACAACUCUUGGGUCUGGGUAGACAGAAGAUCCCCAACGUCUGGGAUGGCACAGCCCGUCAUGCAGUAUACCCGGACGGUGGGCUGCAAGUGCUCUCAGCACCCCGGCUGAGGGGUUCACAUGAACACAGACAGUUGAUUACUGCUCUUAUAGAGCAAGAGAAGCCCAGAUAGCGCAGCCCACCAGGUUCACUGAGAAGAGCUCUCAUGCAGCAUCAUUGGAUGUGCUGUGCCAAACUCAGCGAUAUCAAGGCUCCGAGUAUAAAAUCACAACAUCACAAAAAGCUCUUUAGUUAAGUGGAUGUUCAGUUAUUUCAAAUCACUGUUCAUUAUAGCCAUGUGUAUAUAAAUCCAGCACCGCUGCUGCUGAGGCUUUGGAGAGCACUUUCACCCAUCCAUACCCAGAGGUCCUUGUGCGGAGAGUGCCAAUCUCCAGAUUUACCUGGUAGAGAAAAUGAGGUUCUCCAUUUUCCUUGACAGACAAGUUUUCAAAGAACCUGGACUUCUUUACUCCCUCCUCUUUUGUUUUUCAUCAUUUCAUCAGCACAGAACAGAAUUUCCUCAGUCACCUUCGUGCAAAUCUGGGUUUACAUCUCAACGAUGCUGCUGCAUCUCUCCUUGUCACCUGCUGCCAUCAGCAUAAAGACUGACUCGACCUGAAGGUCUCGAGGUGCCUGGUUGGCUCUUUGUAAACUUGUCUGCUUGUUUUCCUGCUGCCUGCCAGCACGUUGCCCUUCCCACAGUGCCAAGAUGCUGCUGAAGCCUUUGGUGUAGGGAAGAAAAUAACAGGACUCUGCAAGAAAACAUUUUACUCCUCAUUUAUGUUAGAAGGGGGAAAACCAGCUCCCAGCCCAGCCUGGAGCCUCCAUGGGAACAGAAAAGGGAAAAGCAGGGGUUUUCAAGUGAGGACCAAACAUGCGCCUCUGUGCCAGACACUGUGAGGUUAAUGCAACACCACUGGGUUGUGGCUGCUGAGGACUUGGCUUUGGUGAGCGAAACAUUCGGCUCAAGACAGGCUGUAUACCUGCGUGGCAGAGCAUGCAAACUGAACUGAACCAGUGAGAGAAGGGACAGAGAGGAAACUGCGUGGGAGACAAGAGUGGGAAAACGUUAUCAGAGAAUAAAAGUCAGUAUUGGGUAUUUAGCACUAGCUGCUGGCAGGACUUGUCUAGCCCUUCAACCGAGCCCAGGCUCCUGUCUCAGAAUUAGGUUCAGUUUGGUGAAUUGAAUCCACUUCUGCUCAGCUGUGGAUAUAAAGCAGAGGUAAAGGAAAGGUUUGUGAAAGUUGAGCUGCAUUUAGGAAUCCAGCCCAUAAGUAGCUCAUUCGACCUGUAGGCUGUGACUCCAGGCAGUUUUCCUUUCCAUAGGAUCCCCUAGACUAUGCAGCUCCUCAUUUGUCCUGCCCACAAAUGUUCACACCAGGGAAUUAAUUCUUUUCUGUAUGGCUGCAUGGGGCUACUGCGAAACACAACACCUUCCAGAAGACCCAGCCAAGGUCCUCUGCUCUUGUAAUGACCAAAUUGAUUAAAAUGUUUUAACUUGAAAGGCAGUAAUUUAAAAUCUUGGUGAGGAUCACACUACCCCUUUGCAUUGGACCUGAACCUGCUGUGCAGGGCUCUGAGCCCACAGCAAAGGAUAUUCCGGAGAGGAGCCCCAAGGAGGACAGUGUGACCUCCAUGGGGCUGAGCCACCUUCAAAGCUGAGCUAUCCAAACCUCACCUGUCCCAUCACCUUCAUGUCCACAUGCUACAGCAUCCUGAGACAACACAUUUUUCACCUCCCGAGGCUCUUUCAAGCUGCAAGUUCCCACCUUGCCCCUAUGGGGGACACAUCUUCCCAACAAGAGGUUUCCAAACUGCUUGUGGGAUGCAUUUUGCAAGCCAUCAUUUCAGAGCAACUGUUCCCACUCAUGAUUCUUUUCUGUGAUUGCAGAUGACAUUGACAGA